AUUAUACAUUGCGUGAAAAAAAUUCACCUUACAAUGUGUCAUAUCUAGUCUGCUCAAAAGAACUAGAUGGUCAUCUUAAUUUGACAGCUAAUGCAUUCAGUCAGCUGUUCGUUUAUACUCACCUUCAAUAAUAACAAAUUUAGUUUACGCAGCCUAUUUCACAAUUGCUCUUUAUUAUCAACAAAAAACUGGAAUAUAUUUAAUAUUACAAUCAUAAUUAUUUAAGAAUGUCGAACAUAACAGCAGCGGUAAUAGCAAACCGAAAUAAAAAACAUUUUCUUGGUGUCCCAGCACCAUUAGGUUAUGUUGCUGGUGUAGGACGCGGUGCUACUGGUUUUACAACACGUUCUGAUAUUGGUCCCGCACGAGAUGCAAAUGAUGUCUCCGAUGACCGGCAUGCGCCACCAGCUGCAAAGCGUAAAAAGAAAGAAGAAGAAGAGGAGGAAGAUGAGGAUUUAAAUGAUUCAAAUUAUGAUGAAUUUAGUGGUUAUAGUGGAUCAUUGUUCUCAAAAGAUCCUUAUGAUAAAGAUGACGAAGAAGCAGAUGCAAUAUAUGACUCAAUUGAUAAACGCAUGGAUGAGAAACGUAAAGAGUAUAGAGACCGCAGGAUGCGUGAAGAUUUGGAACGUUAUCGUCAGGAACGACCAAAAAUUCAGCAACAAUUUUCUGAUUUAAAACGUUCACUUGCAAAUAUCACCGUUGAAGAAUGGUCAACCAUUCCGGAAGUAGGUGACAGUCGUAAUCGUAAACAACGAAAUCCACGUGCUGAAAAGUUUACACCACUGCCGGACAGUGUGUUAUCACGUAAUUUGGGUGGUGAAAGCAGUUCGACACUUGAUCCAACGUCUGGCUUAGCUUCAAUGGUACCUGGCGUAGCUACACCAGGUAUGUUAACACCCACUGGCGAUUUGGAUUUACGUAAAAUUGGUCAAGCUCGUAAUACAUUGAUGAAUGUGAAACUCUCUCAAGUGUCGGAUUCUGUUACUGGUCAAACGGUUGUAGAUCCUAAAGGAUAUUUGACUGAUUUGCAAAGUAUGAUACCAACAUAUGGUGGCGAUAUCAAUGACAUAAAAAAAGCGCGUUUACUUUUGAAAAGUGUGCGUGAAACAAAUCCUAACCAUCCACCUGCUUGGAUAGCAUCAGCUCGUUUGGAAGAAGUGACUGGCAAAGUAGUUAUGGCGCGUAAUCUCAUAAUGCGUGGCUGUGAAAUAAAUCCAACAUCAGAGGAUUUGUGGUUGGAGGCAGCACGUUUGCAACCGCCAGACACUGCAAAGGCAGUUAUAGCACAAGCAGCAAGACACAUUCCAACAUCGGUGCGUAUAUGGAUUAAGGCAGCUGAUCUCGAAACGGAAACAAAAGCCAAGCGACGCGUAUUCCGCAAGGCACUAGAACAUAUACCCAAUUCUGUGCGUUUGUGGAAAGCUGCAGUUGAGUUAGAAAAACCGGAUGAUGCCAGAAUUUUGUUAUCACGUGCUGUCGAGUGUUGCAACACGAGUGUUGAAUUGUGGUUGGCGUUGGCACGUUUGGAAACGUAUGAGAACGCACGUAAAGUGCUUAAUAAAGCACGCGAAAACAUACCAACUGACCGACAGAUUUGGACGACUGCAGCAAAAUUGGAGGAGGCGAAUGAUAAUAUACACAUGGUAGAGAAGAUUAUUGAUCGUUCGUUAACUUCAUUGGUUGCGAAUGGUGUGGAAAUAAAUCGUGAUCACUGGUUCCAGGAAGCGAUUGAAGCAGAGAAAUCUGGCGCAGUACACUGUUGUCAAGCCAUAAUUAAAGCUGUAAUUGGUAUUGGCGUGGAGGAGGAAGAUCGUAAGCAAACCUGGAUCGAUGAUGCGGAAUUUUGUGCCAAAGAAAAUGCUUUUGAAUGUACACGUGCGGUUUAUGCACAUGCUUUGCAAGUCUUUCCAUCGAAGAAGAGUAUUUGGUUGCGUGCUGCUUACUUUGAAAAAAAUCAUGGCACAAGGGAAUCAUUAGAAGCUUUACUGCAACGUGCAGUUGCGCACUGUCCAAAAUCUGAAGUCCUGUGGUUAAUGGGUGCAAAAUCCAAAUGGUUAGCUGGUGAUGUACCAGCAGCACGUGGGAUUUUAUCGCUGGCUUUCCAAGCUAAUCCCAAUUCUGAAGAUAUUUGGUUGGCUGCUGUUAAGUUAGAAUCUGAAAAUGCAGAAUACGAAAGAGCACGACGUUUGCUGGCAAAAGCUCGUGCAUCUGCUCCAACACCACGUGUUAUGAUGAAAUCGGCACGUUUAGAAUGGGCAUUGGAUCGUUUGGAUGAAGCGUUACGUUUAUUGGAUGAGGCAGUUAAAGUAUUUCCUGAUUUCGCAAAAUUAUGGAUGAUGAAAGGACAAAUUGAAGAACAACAGAGAAAAAUUGAUGAUGCUGCAGUCACAUAUACUGAUGGCAUUAAAAAGUGUCCUACUUCAAUUUCUCUAUGGUUAUUGUCUGCACGUCUGGAGGAACGUAAAGGUACACUAACUAAAGCACGUUCGAUAUUGGAGAGAGGACGUUUGCGUAAUCCUAAAACUCCUAUACUUUGGUUGGAAGCAAUUCGUGUGGAACUGCGUGCAGGCUUGAAGGAAAUUGCUAGUACUAUGAUGGCACGUGCUUUGCAAGAGUGUUCCGAUGCAGGCGAACUAUGGGCUGAAUCAAUAUUUUUGGAAGCUAAACCAUUAAGGAAAACGAAAUCUGUCGAUGCUUUAAAGAAAUGUGAACACGACCCACAUGUGCUGCUUGCCGUAUCAAAGUUGUUUUGGUCGGAACAUAAAUUCACAAAGUGCCGUGAUUGGUUUAAUCGCACAGUAAAGAUCGAUUCUGAUUUAGGCGAUGCUUGGGCUUAUUUUUAUAAAUUCGAAUUGUUACACGGCACCGAAGAACAACAGAAUGAAGUGCUGCAGCGUUGCAUUACCGCGGAACCAAAACACGGAGAGGCUUGGUGUCGUGUCAGUAAAAACAUAAAGAAUUGGUGUUUCAAAACGCCGGAUGUGCUGAAAGCUGUAGUUCAGGAGCUCACUAUACCUGUUUAAAGUUAGCAUGUAAACUUGCAAUUAAUUUAUUGU